UUUGCCGGGUCAAUUCGUCAUAGGCGAGCACGAGACACGAUGAAGAUCUGGGCGUCGGAACACAUUUUCAACCACCCAUGGGAGACAGUGACCAAUGCUGCUAUGCAGAAAUACCCCAACCCCAUGAACCCUAGUGUAUUUGGAGUAGAUGUGUUAGAUCGACGAGUGGACCAGCAAGGCCGGCUUCAUAGUAAACGCCUCCUCAGCACAGAAUGGGGCCUUCCGUCUAUAGUCAAUUCAAUCAUUGGUAAUGCGCGUGCGUGUACAUAUGUUCAAGAACAUUCACUUGUGGACCCCAAAGAGAAGACUUUCGAGCUUCGGUCUUCAAAUAUCACGUUUACGAAUAUGGUAUCUGUAGACGAAAGGCUUGUCUACAAACCACACCCAGAAGACCCCUUAAAGACUGUACUGACCCAGGAGGCCAUCAUCUCAGUCAAGGGAGUCAGUUUGAGCAGCUAUCUAGAAGGACUUAUGGCAAAAACGAUCUCAACCAAUGCAGGAAAGGGCCGUGAAGCAAUGGAGUGGGUAAUCAGGCGUCUAAAUGCAGAGAUUGAGGAGCUAGCCAUUACAGCAAGAGGCUCGAUACGGAAACCCAUGGCUGCAGCAGUCACAGAAAAAUGAACUUAUGUCUCUGCGUUCCUUACCAUCUUUCUUUGCCAAAUACUUCAGUAUAUCUUUUUCAUUCUAGUCUACAUUCUUUGCUCUCCUUUGCAUUUGUGGAACAGAGUUUUCCACAUCUAUCUUGUACAACUGACUCUAUAUUAGAGGUUAGCUGGACACGUAAAAACUCUUAUUGAUCCUGUCAGUCUGUUAGCACUGAAGAACAAGAAAGAUGUGGUUUUGACUGUUGUCUAUAACUCGUUUAUAACUCUAAAGUGUGAUCAGAGCAAGCAGUCCUUACUGCGUGUUUAUAUUUAUGUGUAGAUGUAUAGAUAGAUAGCAUUUUAUUAAUUCUUUUAUAUAUUUCCACCAUAAAAAUGCCAACUUUAUGUGAUGGCUGUUAGCUUUAAUUCAUUAUAGUAAAGUUGGCAUUUUUGUGCACAUGUACUCUUCAGGUAAUAAUAGAGUUGUGAUAAAACAUAUCUGCCUUAUUUAUGCAUAGGUCUAAGGUCAAAUUAUUAUUAUAUAUUUUUAACAUCUAUCUCCAAGAAAAAGUGAAGUCAGUCAAAUGUACUUUCAUCAUGGGAGCGUAGAAUUUAGAGAGUAAGCAAGUAAAGGAAUGGGAGGUAGGGAAAUGAAUUGCGAUAGUGAGACUUCACUGUUUCUUUUAUUACGCUCACAUUUUUAUUUAAUUUAUUUUUUUGCACAAGAUUUUGAAUUCUGCUGUGACCUCAAAUUUCUUAGGAUUUAUUUUAAAUCACAGAAAUAUACAGCACCGUUCUUGCUGUUCGGUUCUUAUGCCACUCGGCAUACCAGCAUUGUCUCAUGUCCUCCCUUUCACCAGCGCUCGCUGAGAAACAAAGCUCUUGUUAAAUCACCUAUGGGUACACGCUCAUCCCCUCCAUUCAUGCUGCACUCCACCGUGCUCCUACCGCCACAACGCACUAUGCUGCUUUGUGCAAGCAUAGCAUUUUACACACAUUUGAAUACCUUAAGUUAUUAUACAAUUGAGGGAACAAAGUUCUUUGGAUAAUUUGACAUAUAGACACCUUUUUUUUUUUUUUUUUAAAUUGGAAAUGUAAAAGAUUUUUACACUGUAAAAGUAGAUGUGUGCAGCUGCACUUACUGGAUAUUGGCUCAAUGCUGAAAUAUUAAACAUGAAUCCAACUUAGAUGCAACUGCCUCGAGGCAAAUACUGCCUUUUUUCCAAGGAUCUUAUGAAAUACUCUAAAAUGUAUUUUUUUUUUUAAUCUUAGUGUUAAAAAGGGCCUGAUUAAGGCAACAUAUGCUAUCAGGCCUAAAGUUUGUGGAUGUGUGACCAUCAUACACAAAACUGUCGUUGAUUUUUAAAACCUUUUGGAAAAAAAGAUUUCUAACAUCUGGCACAUAAUUAAAAAGGAAACUUGUGUUUAAUGGUCAGAUGUCUAACUUGUGGCUUGUGACUUGUGCCAUUAUGCAUCCUAGGCAUUGUAAAACUGUUGAUCUAAUCUGGAAAAGACCACACUAAUCAGUAUAGCCAGGUAAUGUUUAAUUCAUUGGCUUUCUAUAGUUUAUUAAAUGUAAAUGUAAAUGUGGAAGUUGUAAUGAGUAUUUUAGUUAAAAUGCUAUGUAAGAUGUUCUGGUAGAAUAGAGCUGGAUGGACCAAUUAUUUAUUUGCAAGUAGAGAGGUGGCUCCUAAAGUACUUUUUUUCCCUUGAGGCUAAGUAAUAAGGUAUUGUCAUAUACUGUGAGAAGUAUUAAUUUGCAUGUAUGUGUCUGUAACAAAAAUGCAGUUAUGGAGGAUAAAAUACAUUAUAUUUAUUUAUUUAUUUUAUGUCCGAGGGUGUUUGAUAUUGCAUACAAUGGUUGGUACAGAAACAUUACAUGACUCUUUUUUGGUGUUUAGAUUUUAUUUUGUGAGUAAAAAGGUAAUUGUACUGAUUUUUUCAUCUUGGACAAGAAAAGCUCUUCUAGGAACAUGCAAAGUGGGACACAUGUUUUAUGGCAUUUAAUCAAUUGACUCUUGAUUACUUCUUAUUUACCUGAUAUGUAAAGUAAUGAUUAUUUUUAAAGGCAGUUCUUGUAAA